AAAUCCUUCUCCUUUUCCCUUCCUCAAACCUCUUCUUCUCAUCAUAGAUUUUCUAUUCUCCGCCACUUUCCAGAGCCAGUACUCCCCUCUUGGACGCUGAGCUCCCCUCUUGCGAACUAUUUGUGCUUCUUUCACCCCGCACAAUAAUUUGCUGCUGUUCACCUAUCAACGCCCCCUCGGACCUAAAUAACACCAGUCACCAUGGCUGAGCGAUACAUCCCCGAGCAUCGCCGCACCCAGUUCAAGGCGAAGAACACCUUCAAGCCUGAGGAACUCCGUCGUCGUCGUGAGGAGCAGCAAGUCGAGAUCCGAAAGGCCAAGCGUGAGGAGAACUUGGCCAAGCGACGAGGUAUCGGAACCGGUGAGAACCGACCUGGUGCUUCCCUUGGUGCUGCCCCUGAUAGCGACGAUGAGUCUGCUCCUACCGAAUCUCAGUUGAACGAGGACCUUCCCCAGAUGGUGCAAGGCGUCUUCUCAGACCAGAUCGAUUCGCAGAUUCAGGCCACUACAAAGUUCCGAAAGCUCCUAUCCAAGGAGCGUAACCCCCCGAUCGAGGAGGUCAUCAAGACCGGUGUCGUUAGCCGCUUUGUCGAGUUCUUGCGAUCCCCUCACACCCUUGUUCAGUUCGAGGCUGCUUGGGCCCUGACCAACAUUGCCUCCGGCUCCGCCACCCAGACCCAGGUCGUUAUUGAGGCCGGCGCUGUCCCUAUCUUUGUCGAGCUGCUUGCUAGCCCUGAGCCUGACGUUAGGGAACAAGCCGUCUGGGCUCUUGGUAACAUCGCCGGUGAUAGCCCUCACUGCCGUGACUAUGUCCUCAGCUGUGGCGCUCUCAAGCCCCUCCUUAACCUUCUCGGCGACAGCCGCAAGCUUAGCAUGCUCCGCAACGCUACAUGGACUCUGAGCAACUUCUGCCGUGGAAAGACCCCACAGCCUGAUUGGACUACUAUUGCCCCCGCUCUUCCCGUUCUGUCUAAGCUUGUCUACUCUCUUGACGACGAGGUUCUGAUUGAUGCCUGCUGGGCUAUCUCGUACCUUUCUGAUGGUUCCAACGAUAAGAUACAGGCCGUGAUCGAGGCUGGUAUCCCCCGCCGACUGGUGGAGCUCCUCAUGCACGCUUCCACAUCAGUCCAGACUCCUGCUCUGCGAUCCGUUGGUAACAUUGUCACUGGUGACGAUGUGCAGACCCAAGUCAUCAUCAACUGUGGUGCCCUGCCCUGCCUUCUGUCUCUGCUCAGCUCCACUAAGGACGGUAUCCGCAAGGAGGCCUGCUGGACCAUCUCCAACAUCACCGCCGGCAACUCUUCUCAGAUCCAGGCUGUUAUCGAUGCCAACAUCGUCCCCCCUCUGAUCCACCUCCUGCAGAACGGUGACCUCAAGACCCGCAAGGAAGCCUGCUGGGCCAUUAGUAACGCCACUUCUGGUGGUCUGCAAAAGCCUGAGCAAAUCCGUUACCUGGUUGCUCAAGGCUGCAUCAAGCCCCUGUGUGACCUGCUUGGCUGUCCCGAUAAUAAGAUCAUCCAGGUCGCCCUGGAUGGUCUUGAGAACAUCCUCAAAAUUGGUGACCUUGACAAGCAGGCUGCUGGCGAGUCUGGUGACUCCAUCAACCGAUACGCUCUCUUCAUUGAGGAGUGUGGUGGCAUGGAAAAGAUUCACGACUGCCAAAACAACGCCAACGAGGAGAUCUACAUGAAGGCUUACAACAUCAUUGAGAAGUACUUCUCCGACGAUGAGGAGAAUGCUGACGAUGGUAUGGCUCAGCAACCCGCCGGCCCCAACGGUACCUUCGGCUUCGGCACCAACGGUGCUGCCCCUGCAGGAGGAUUCGACUUUGCCAAGGGUAACGACGCCAUGGACAUGUAAAGAGUUUCUUGAUCCCGGAUCGGAAUAUCGACAGGCAAUUGAAAAUGCGGAGCAAUCCCAACCCCCCCCCAAAGACAUAGCACCAUCACGACACCCCUUCCCCCAGAACAGUUUUUACCCGACUGUCGUUUACCCCCAUCCCCAUGAUAUCACACCCCAUACCGCGUCUUUUUAAUGUAUCUGGAAGGUUAUAUGAGGGAAAUCAUACCCCCUCAAAUUACAGGCCCUAUGGUAGCUUGAAAGCUCCAGCCUGAGUGAAGAAGUGAGGCGAGAGCGGAGUUAGUGGAGGCGUCUGGCUUCUCGGUCACAGAUGCAGAAGCUACAAGCCGACGAGUUUACGUGUGUACGCAGGAAACAUCAUGAUGGUUGGUGUUCAGGCACAUGGGACUUGCGCAGGACUAUCGCCAAAGCUCAAGGCAGCGUCAAUCGAGGACGCGGUGCCUUGGGAAGCCUAUGCUAGUGCAUUAGGACUUCUGAGAUGGUGAAGCUCGAAAUUGCGGAAUUUACUGCCAAGUGGUGGUGAAUCUGGUUCAAAAGUAGCCAGGACCCGUAGUCAAGUUGUAAAAAAAAAAAGAAUAAUAGGAGUGUUUGCCCCUCAUUCAUGAUGACUAUUCCAGACAUGU